UAUGGUGUGUUCUCAGUUGUGUUUUGACCGUCACACCGUUGGCAUCACGCUGAGAGUUCGCUUUGGUUGUUUGUAACAAGGGUGACUCUCCUCCUUUACUUUUUUUUUAAUAUUACAUUUUGCCUGCCAGCAAGUUAUCCCUGUGUGCGUGUGUCAUUGCCAAAGAGAUAAAGGAAUCGUGUACGGUUUGAAUUUUGAGACGCACAAAGAUUAUAUAUAUCGUCGCUAUAUACAUACAUAGCUAGGAGUCCUUUUAUGUGUUUUUAAGGGAAGAAGUGAUUUGAAGGGGAACUUUUUUUUUUUAAUAAAAAAGAGAGAAAAAGGCGCGGAAAGUAAGGUAAAAUUUAAACCAGAGAGAAGAUCCCUGUGUGUGAACAUCAGUUAAAUACUGUGAACGUAUAAAACGUAAAAAUUUUGUGUGAUCACCAGAACGAAGAGGAAAAUUGUGUGGAGUGAAGAAAGAGUGUGUGAGGAGCGAGUAAAGUACAGAGGAAAAAAAAAGUGACACAGUGACUCUCUUUUCACAAUCUUUUGGAUAUAGCGAGCAUAAUAUUAUUUAUUGGUGGAAAAAAAGACAACAAAAGGUACCUACCUACCUAUAUAGUUUUGUGGGGAUCAGCUGCACGCCUACAGUAAGGCGGGGAGAUUUUGGAGAGACGUUAUCAUCAAAAUUGCCGCCAUUCAUCCGAGAAUGCUGAUGCCAGGAGCCCCAGAGGCUGAUGCUGCGACACUAGCUGCUCUGGCAGCUAAUUCACAGGCAGCCGCUCUGGUGGCGUCCACAACACAAGCUGGUGCUGGGUUAGCACCACCAGGAUCUGCCGUAGCAGCAGCUGCGGCAGCCCUAUCAACAUCAAAUGUGCAACAAAAGGACACAACGUGGACAAAGCUCUUCGUGGGCGGCCUACCCUAUCACACCACGGAUAAGAGCUUGCGAGAACAUUUCUCAGUCUACGGAGAUAUUGAGGAAGCUGUCGUGAUUACGGAUAGACAAACCAAUAAGAGCAGAGGCUAUGGAUUUGUGAUAAUGGGCGAUAGGGGGAGUGCUGAGAGGGCGUGCAAAGACCCAAAUCCCAUCAUUGAUGGUCGUAAAGCCAAUGUGAAUCUGGCUAUUUUGGGUGCCAAACCACGUGGUAACCUAGCUCCAGGAUACCCCUUUGCUGCAGGACUUCGAACAGGAUAUCCGGUGCUACCAAAUCAAUUUGGGGUACCGCCAUCUUAUGUUUAUGGAGCACCGUACUUGGGAACAAGUGCCACAACAGCUGGUUUAAUGCCACUACCAGCUACUCAGCUCUCCCAUGCAGCCGCCAUUGCAGCAGCUACUAGUCAGUUCUAUGAGUACCAAGACACUCAACUGAAGAAUGCCGUUGCCGCAGCCGCUGCUGCUCCGUAUCCGAGUCAAUACACCGGAUUCGAAGCAUAUCCCUACACAGGAGCUGCAGCUGCCAAUGCCGCUGCUGCUGGGUACAUUACCCCAUAUACUUAUGCCACAUUGCCACAGUCGGGUGCCGCUGCUGCUGCCGCGGCGGCAGGCGGCUUUCCGGGUUUAGCACCGUAUCAAGGUGCCGGGCAGACCUCACUGCAGGAGGCACGACUUCAAUGAUUCUACGCCCCCAAAAUCCUGGCGCAGCUCAAAUAAGAAAAUUUUUACCAAAAAAAAAAAUAAAUAAAAGAAAAUCAACAAAGAAGCACUUGAAGGAUCACCCCUGUGUGAUCCACAAAGACUCGACACGCCAAUAAAACCAUUAUUAACAAAAAAAAGGAACCUAUAUAUUUUAACAAAAAUUAAAUUACCUAAUAGAAAAAGAAGAAGAAGAGGAUUACUUUCAAUAAGCAAGCAUGCUAAAAACAAGAAUAUUUUAGUUACUAUUUUAGUAGAAAACAUACCUACAUUAAUUAAUCUUUGUAACUUAUUAUCGCCAGAGAAUAUUUUUUUUAGGUUAAUUCUCUUAAUAGUUUUUAAGAUUUAUAUAUACCUAUACUAUCAAGAAAAGCAAGAAAAAAAUCUUAGCGUAUAAUUGAGGAGAUGGACACCAGAAAGGAAAUAAAUUAAAGAAAAAAUGUUAGUGAUAUAGAAAUUCUAUAUUUUAUCUUAAGAAUAUGAAAAGAAAAAUAAAUAAAACAAACUGAAAAAUUUCAAUAAUCUUAAAUCUCUCGAAAGAUUAACCAAAAUGGACGUUUAUGAUGAUAAAUUUUAAAAAGUUUCUUCUAUUUUUGACAUAAACAAAGUGACAGAUAAAUAAUUCAACUGUCAUGUGACGAAAUUUUGACAGAAGGUUCUCAAAAAACGCAAUUUUUUAAUAUUUUUUGUUAAUUCUAUAGCAACUUUUGACAUAGAAAAAGGAACGCUGUCAAUUAAUGGUAAUGUGACGUAAACAUUUUAAAAGCACAUGAAAGGAUUUUUUUUUAUUUAUAUUUUUUGGUUAAAAUAAAAGGAUAUUUUGAUUUUUUUUUAAUUAAGAAGAAAAUUAAUAUAAAUUUUGGUUUUAUUUGUAAAAUUUUUGAUUAUAACUAAUAAAAAAAUAACUAAAUGAAAUUAAAAAUAAAAUAAUAGAGAAGAUAGGAGUAAAACUGGCUACAAAAAAAAUAAAAGAAAAGACCCAGAAGCAAAUUUGCUCAAAAUAACACAAAACUACUCUUAAAAUUAAAAAAAUCUCAAAUAUCCUUUAAAGUUUAACCAACAAAAUAUAAUAAAAAAAAUUCUUUCUUAAUUUAUUAACUUGAUUUUCCUUUUUUUUUAAUUUGUAAAUCUAGUCAAAUGUUUUUCUAGAUUAUUUAUUUUUUAUCAUGAUUUAAAAAAAAAGAAAACUAAUUCUUUCCUAAACUUGUCUCUGAGUGAUUUUUUUUAAACUUUUCACUCACAGAGCACAAGAGAAAAUGACUGAAUUUGCAAAAAUCUAACACUUGAUUUAAUUUAAAUUAAUACAAAAAAAAACUUUAAUUUACAAAUAUUUUGGAUUUAUUGAGAAUCCAAUUGAAAGUUCUUCAGGAAGCUGCCUUGCGUUAAAGAAUAUCCUUUAUUUAGUCGCCAUUUUAGUCUUGAAAAAAAAACUUUGAAUUAAAUUUUCAUUUAAAAAGAAAAUCAGCAAAACAGUACGAAUAUUAGACGCAGGGUUUUGUAUAUUUCCAACGAGAAUGAAAUAUACUUUAUUAAAAAAAAAGAACAAUACAAUCCGUCCUGAAGGAAGACAAAAGAACUUUUAUAUUUUUCUCAUUACUCUGGCCGUAUACUUAAAGAAGACAACAACAACAAAUUAAGAGAAGAUAAAUUAAGUGAAGGAGGGAAUAAAAUUAAUUUAAAAUAAAAUUGUUGCAUAACAGGAAUUGAGGAGGGAAGGGUUGAGAAGAUUUUUUUGUCUCAAUACAAAGAAAUAAAUCGAUGGAAAAAAUACUUUAUAAUGAAACACAAUAAAAAUAUUUAAAAAAAAAACAAUGAUAAAUAUUCUCUAGAGAUAUUACCUAUAUUUGUUAAGUUAAUAAUUUAUUAAUUUAAUAGAAGAAGAAAGCAAAAAAACAAUCAUAUCAUUUUAAGGAUGAGAGAAUCUCUAUGAAUGAAAUAAAUAAAUAAAAAAACAAAGAGAAAAGAGAGGUUUUGUGGAGAAGUUACUUAAUAUUAUGUAUAUUAUUAACAACAGCAACAAAAACUAUAUAGAGGAAGGAAGAAAAAAAAAGAUAAAUGAAAGGAAAAUAAAUACGAAAGUACACAGAAAAAAAUUACAUCCUACCUAUUAAGAAUUAUAAAAGAUAAAUAAAUUAAAAAUUAAUAAAGAUAAAUGAUGAAUGAGAAAUAUUGUGGAGGAAAUGGCAAAGAAAAUCCCAAAAGAAACUUUGUUCUGCGGAUGGAGCCAAAGGUAAAAAAAAAUAAAAGAGAAAUAAAGAAAUUAUUAUAAAUAGGAAGAAAAA